UCCAACCGUUCCGGGCUACAACCGAUCUCGACUUUAUUUAAACUCAGUCCCCUCAGAACAUGAUAACGAGAUUGAUAUAGUGGUGCUGCAACGGGUUGCAGAGAGUAAAAAUAGAUCUUUCAUUUAUGUCUUAUUUUAUUUUAUCUUCCUGACAUAGGCCGGCAGCUGUGUUGGUUGACACCUACCAAGUUGGUAGGUAGUUAUACUAUCCACACGUGCUCUCCCUCUGCAUGUAACCAACCGCGGGCCCCAUUACCCUCCGCGUAUAGCUUUUCUCGUGUCACCAAGUCAGGAAUGGAAUGUUUGUCCUUCUAUCUGCGGGGCGGGUUCUUCCUUGUGUCACCGGGGAGGGGGGCCGGAGUUUGACCAGACCCGAACAGCGGGUGCCUGGUCGUAAGCUGUCGUUGUUGUCGAACACAGCCAGCCACUACACUGACGUGAGGCAAGGCAAGGCAGGCCCCCCGUUUAUGGUGUCUGCAUGUCAUGUCUUGCGGAUGGGAUGGGGGUUAUUGGGUGGGUGGACGGACAUAACGGAGAGAGUAUAUAGAGACGGACUGGGAAACUCUGGUACUUGCAAAAGACCUGGCGAGUACAUCCAUAGCCUGUGCCAGGCAGACAGACUCUGGAUGGCAUAUGAAAAAGAUUGGACGAGUGCUUGCUUGGAUCAGCUCCGUCGCCCUGCCUUGCUUUUUCUUGAGUAACCCUCCCCCCUUAAUUACGGAGGCACCGAGGCACCGAAGCACCGAGGAUCCGCGGGACGGAGCUCGGAGGACGUGCCCGGGGCUGAGCUGCCCAACU